AUGGCAUCAGUCGACGCAGUACCCAGCACAGUCGAAGAUGACCGGCCACCAUCAAUCGUGUACGGGCCAGCAACACCCGUCCCUCUCACUAUGACAUUCAGCGAGCUUCUCGAUCAUCAUGCUGAAGUGCGCGGACAUCGCCCAGCUGUAAUUUCGCAUCCACAGAAAGGACGAAUUAUCACUUUCAAACAGCUCCGGGAGCGCAGCAUGCAGCUUGCUCGCGCAAUGGCCAAAGAUGGCAUUGGCAAAGGCGACCUUGUGGCAAUUUCGCUAGGAAGCAGAUUCGAGUAUUUCGAAACCUUCUUUGCUUGCACAUAUCUCGGAGCAGCUCUAGUCCUGUUGAACUAUGCCUACGCCGAAUCAGAAAUGCUCGCGCUUUUAAAGAACGUUCAACCGAAGAUGAUGGUCGCUUCGCCGGGAUUCGCCUUCUACGAUAAUACAAAGGUUCUACCAAAGCUUGCCAAGGAAGUGCCUUCGAUUGUGAGAUUAGUCAUUAUGGAAGACAUCGAGCAAAAGUAUCGUAUAGUCGAGCCUCUCGAACGAAGUGCUUGGUACGAGGAGUACAUCUCUCAAGAUCUGCCUGAAGAGUUACCCGAGGUCUCAGUUUCACCUCACGACAUGGUCAACGUGCAGUUCACGUCGGGUAGCACCGGGCUCCCCAAGUCUGUUUCGCUCUCUCAUUACAACAUCAUGAAUUGUGGUCGGUAUCUCUGGCAACAGGUACGGAUGACCGAUGAGGAUCGUGUUUGUCUUCCCGUGCCGCUUUUCCAUUCCUUCGGCAUGAUUGUUGGUAUCAGCUCAAGCACGGUGGCUGGCUCAGCGCUCGUCUUACCUAGCGAGAUCUUCAACUCAAGAAAGGCUCUGCAAUGCAUCCAGGAGUAUAGAUGUACAGCUAUUUACGGUGUGCCCACUAUGUUUGUGACUGAGAUGGAAUUGAAAGAAUUCGAAUCAGUCGAUCGAUCUACUAUCAGAUUUGGCAUUAUUGCUGGAGCAGCGAUGCCACCAGAAUUGCUGAAGCGAAUCGUCACGAGGUUCCCAGUACCACGACUAUACACAUGCUGGGGCAUGACAGAACUGAGCUCGUUUGUUACUAUGAUGCACGAAACCGAUCCCUACGAAAAGCGUAUCAAGACAGCUGGCAGACUAUUCCCCAACUUCGUUGCGAAGAUCGUGGAACCGAACACAGGCAAGGUCGUGCCAUGGGGAGAGAAGGGCGAAAUUGUGGCGAGCGGCUACGGGCAAAUGGCAGAGUAUAUCGGUAACAAGGCUAAGACUGAAGAAACGCUGCGGUACCAUGUCGAAGACUUGGAGCCAGGCGGAGUGGGAGGACUUGGCGAUGGGACUGUACUCAGAAAGUGGAUGCAUACGGGUGACGAAGGCUAUCUAGAUCCCGAAGGCUAUUUCAUCAUCUCCGGCCGCAUCAAGGACCUGAUCAUUCGUGGAGGCGAGAACAUUGCUCCCAUGGAGAUCGAAGACAGGAUUGUGGAACACGAAGCCAUCGCUCAAGUGUCAAUCGUCGGCGUCCCAGACGAGAAAUAUGGCGAGGAGCUGGGAGCGUUCGUGGAGCUUCGAGAGGGUGCAACGAAGCCCAGUGACGAUGAGCUUCGAGCUUUCGUGAGGGAGAAACUUGCGAGGUUCAAGGCGCCGCGAUACUUCUUCUGGCUACGAGAUGGUAAGGCGCCGGAUCAGUGGCCACAGACUGCGAGCGGGAAAAUCUCGAAACCGGAUCUGAGGAAGCUGGUUGAGAAGUUGAUAUCGUAG